GUUACAACAUUGUUGUGCACUAGAAGAAGCCUUUACUUUCAUACCCAAAGGAAGAAGGUGCGAUCAACUAUCGUUACUUCCGUAAUGACUUGAAAAUGGUUACAUUAGUCACUAAACAUCACAACUAUCGUUUUCUCAAGGCUAAUCGUUCUAUACCAAACCCCCACCCACUCAUAAACCACAUUGUUAAAUCAUUAUAACACAACAGAAGAAAUGAUCCCAUCUUAAAAGAAGAAUCCACUAAUUAUUAAUUAAAUCCACUACCGUUAGAAAAUGGCAGAUUCCGACAUAGAGACCAGCAGCAACCAUAACAGCAACAACAGUGUCAGCAACACCUCAACCGCUUCAACAACAAGCGUUCAUAUUUCUGCUCUCGACGGGAUAGUCAACGCAAAUUCUCUCUUCACCGUUGCAGUCUUUGUUGGAAUCUCUUUCGACCAACCGAGUGACCUCACUCUCACGAACCGUACCGAGUGCAACGCGGGACUAGACGUGGAACGAGACCUAGUUGUGUUUGAAGUCAUCUCAUUUGCAUUCUUCCUCUUCUCAUCCCUCGUGGCUCAAGGGCUGAAGCUAACCAUCAACUUGUUGAACAGUAAAGAAACAGACGAGGUGUUUAAAGCAGAUAUCGAUUGUGGUCUGCUUCGUCUAGGUGUGGUUGGUGCAGCGGGUGGAUCCAUAUUGGGAUGUGUGUUCCUUCUGUUGUCAAUGGUUGAAAUUAUUCAGCUCCGUCUCGGACUACUCUCUUGUGGUAGCUCAUUGGCCAUUCAUACCGUGUUGGCGCUUGUGGUCUUGGUAUCUUCUGCUCUUAGUGUUUAUAUAUUCACUAUAAUUUAUUCUUUCAAGAAAUGAUUGAAUAUUUUUAUAUGUUAAGAACUCUAACACUUGUAAAGUAAGAAUGUAAGAUAUAGUUGUGAAUUUGUAGUAUAAUGUAUGAUGAAGCCCAAUACAAUGUACGAAGAAAAUACAUGUAUCUAGAUUUAAAAGCAAGUCUGGUAAAGUAUAAAUAUCUCUAAGAGAGAAGAUUUAUUGUAACACUUAGCUGCCUCUUUGAGCAGCCUCCUUCAAACUCUCUCUAAUCUGUAUGAAAUUAAUCAAUCUUUAAUCUUUUGGUGACAACU